AUCAUAUACAGUACAGGGUCUUCCUUCCUAAAGAAGAUUUGAGCUUUUCCCUAUAUAUACAUCAUCACUAAGGUAGAAAUACAUUUGAAAACUUCACGUGCUUUAGCGAAACUCACGCACGGAUUAAGUUUUUAAAUUUUCAGUGUUCGCAACAAUUCCUAGCAGAACCUUUCCGAGCUUUCCGAUAUUUUAUUACGUCAGUGUGGCCACUAAAAGCAAACUUCUUAUGUUAACCCGUUCCCCUUGGUGAAAUUCCAUAAAAUUAUGUCAGAACGGUUAUAAUUAUUUUUCUUUACUUAAGGCUCGUUUCUCAGCAAAUCUAUUUCGCCAGUUCUUAAACAGAGAGGAAAAAACACAAAGUAAAAAAGGAGAAAGUACCUGUUAACCUUCCCCCCUGGUGGACCCCCAUCCACCCUACUUGUUUAGUGAAUCAUCUGGCCUGAAUCACAAUAUUAAGGUCACAUCAUAACACCAUUUUAUUAUUGCUCAAAUUGAAAAGUUAUAGUGAUCUGGGAGUAAAAAACUGCUUUUAAAGUCGGACACUGGCGCAUGCCACGUCAUGAAUGGUCUUCAUCCGAGGCAGCCACCUAAAAGCCCCCAUCCUUUUUUUAUCAAAGAAAAUUAGCUAAAAUUACUGAUAUCAAUUCGGUUCGAAAGACCAGAGAUAUUAAGAAAUUGUGAUGAUGACCUUCGAAAAUUAAUAAUCAGUGAUGCCAAAACCAGGUGAAUAAAAUAAGAACACAGUGAAACAAGUUUUGUUCAAUACUAUGUCAAUUGUUAAGCGAGUUUUCCACGUGAUAAAGGGAAAAUUCCUUUUAAGGGUGAUUUUGAAAUGGUUCAUGUUUCCCCACCCCAGGCAACAUGAUUGAGUAUUGAUUCCGAGUGUCGCGACCGCGCACAAAUUUGGCAAGAUCUCAGUGUCACACAGUAAUGCUAAUUUUAAAUGUGACGUCACGGACCGUUUCGUUUAUGCACAUUCAUUAUUAAAAGACUUUCAAAACAAACUGCAGCACUGGCGCAGUAUCCGUCGUUAAGGAAGUGUAAAAGAUCAUACAGGCAAUAAAACCAACUGAAAAAUGGUCCUUCAACAGUGCUUGGCCUGCAAUCAUUUGAUGACUGAAUUGUCACGAGCAUGUGUUUGUGGUCACGUGUUUGAAGAAGCAAGCCGUUUCAUUAGUGGCAAAAGAUUUUCAGAAUACCGCGCCAAACUGUAUUCUCGUCUGGAAACUAAGAAAAUGAAGAGAAAAGCUGUAGAAAACGGACCAAAGGGGAGUAACUGCAUUCCUUCGCAUUCAGUCAGCAAUCCAAUGAACCUGACCGCGACACGCAGACGAUCAGCACGGCGAAAGAAUUCAGACAAAAGCAAAAGAAGAAAACGAUAUCCUCGGAUGCAGAUGAAUCGCUCCACGAGGCUGAAACAGCAACCAAAUAUGGGGAAAAUUGUAUCAGCACAGCUCUUGAGUAGGUUGCCAAAUGCUCUCAGAGAAAUAAACCGAAGGAUAUUCGUUCAGAAUAUUAUGUGGCUGGAGUUACAGACGGAGUGAAGAAAAAGGAGUUUGAGGGCAAAUCUCAGAAUAAACCCUUAAGAAUAGCUGGAAACGCGGUUUUUUCAGCGGCUUGUAAUAUGCAACGGAAAUAUUCAUGAGAACGGCCGUCGCCAGACAGAGAACAGGAAACAGCCGAGAUUGUGCUGAGCAGAAGCAGUAAACGAUCGAAAUAUCCAGUUAACCCCGAUUGGUGUAUACUUACAUACUGCAUGUCGUGAAAUGACAAUAAUUCAAGUGUGAUGAUAUUUGAGAGAUUUGAUUUACGUCAAGAAGAGAAAAGAAUGUAUAUUUUGUCUCCUUAUUAAGAUAAAACAAGGGUUUGGAACAAAGAGGAUUUGUUUUCAAAAGCUAUCGUUUUACGAUAAAGUGCCGUUUUACACAGUAUAGAACUGGUUCGAAAAACAGGAUUAGCCGUUCAAUGUAUGCUUUUAAAACAAUUUAACCGUUAAUUACCAAUCGGGAAAAUAGGUACCAUCUGAACUCCUCUUGCUACCAUCUGUAUCACAAUAAGGCUGAGAGAACACGUCCAUAAUCAUGAGUAAAAAGAGUUAGAAAGGAUGGAAAUAAACUGAGUAAGCGAA